AGAAGAUAGACCCCCCACCCUCGCCAGCCUUCCUUCUGAGAAGCAGUCAGUCAACCGGCUGUUGCAUUUUUUUUUUUCGGUUAUCGAUUGGUCUUGUCUGGACCGUGAAGUCGCGGGAGAGUUUGGACAAAAAUGGUGGAUAAAUAAAAUAAGAGUUCACUAAGGCCGUUUUUUAAAAAGUAUCAAUUGACGGUCUGCUUAACAGGGUGGCGCUCCCAUAGACACCAAUGCGGUAGCAGCUGGGUCUGGUCUGCUUUGUUCAUUGAUUGAACCAGAAAAAACAGCGACUGGAUUGGAAUCCUUCCUGCCCCCUUCAAAAAAACGUGACUAACUAGCAUAUUGACGCCGAUAAAUACAGGAACAAAUGGCUUUGAAUGGUGACCGUUAGGAUCGCGUGACAAGAAUGGAGGAUAAUUUGGAGCGCGUGCUCCAUUGCGAUGACAAGGAGGCGUUGAGGCGGAAACUGGCCCUGCUACAGAGGGAGUACUCCAGGACAGUUCAGAGAUUACAGCGAGCUGAGCGUUCAGAUGCCGUGCGGAAGCAUGUGAGGAGUCGGAUCUCUGAGCAGAACCUCCAGGACCAGACAGACCCAGUCCCAGCCAGCACCUUUCCCAACCCAGCUCUACCUCCCCUCUCCAUUGGUACUCCUGCUAGGACAGCCCCAGGUUCAGCCUCACCACCAGGCCCUGCUGGAGACUCGACAUCGUGUCCGGUGGAAUCUGAGAACCCCAGGCGGAGGAGUCCGUCCAUCCGCUUCCUCCUCCCCGUCGAUGACUCUUGCCCUCGGACACCUGACCUUAACUCUCACAGACGAAGCCACUCCCUCCGGCUGAGGUCACGGAGAAGCCGGCUGCGCUGGGAGCGGACGGGGAGGGUCCAGGGCGGCGAGGGGGCAGGGGGGAGGUACGACACGGAGACCAGCGAGGAUGGGCUGGAGCUGGAUGCACAAACAGAGAAAGAAGAGGACGGAGAGAAGAGAAAUAUGGAGGAAGAGAAGGAGGGUGUGAAGAAAGAGCUAGAGAGGGAGGAGAAUGAGAGGGAAAUUCCAGAUAAAGAGGCAAUGAAACAGAGCGAUGGAGAGGAGAGAGAAGAACAGAGGACAUAUGGACAGAAGGAGAUCGGUUCACCCCUUCCUUCUCUGAGGAGAGAUGGAGAGAAUGAGAGAGAAGAACAGAGGACAUAUGGACAGAAGGAGAUCGGUUCACCCCUUACUUCUCUGAGGAGAGAUGGAGAGGAGAGAGAAGAACAGAGGACAUAUGGACAGAAGGAGAUAGGUUCACCCCUUCCUUCUCUGAGGAGAGAUGGAGAGAAUGAGAGAGAAGAGGGAAGUGAUUCAGUAGCUGUGGGAGACUCCGUGUUAGGGGCUGUUGGGUUGUGUAACACUGGGGGAGUCCUGGACUCGUGCACUCUGGUGGAAGGUCUGCCGUUCCCAGUAGAAUACUACAUCAGAACCACAAGACGCAUGGCCUCUUCACAGAGCCACAGAGACCUGCAGGCUGUCAUUCUGAACCAACUCAACAGGGGGCGCCACAGAAGGAGCAGGGUCCGGAUGUCUAACACACACUCACUCUCAACUUCACAGUCCGACUCACUAGCACAACCCUCCAAUCACCGCCCGUGCUCAAGUCAACUGACCUCAAACUCACCGAACAAUCCCACACCGGUUGAGGAGCCAUCAGCCAAUCAGUUGCUUACCGCUGAGUCAGGGACUAAUCAGAGUGAGAGUUUACCCUCCAGAGCCUGCAGUGUUCGGCCUAUCAGAGGCCGGAGGAGGAGAGGAAGGAGGCCGAGACUUGGCCGCUCUCUAAGUUUGGACUCAGAUCCCCCAGCACCAGUCCCAGACAACAUCCAGACACCGGCCACUAUUAGCCCAGCCUCACAGCCUCUCCCUGGGGGUGGAUGUCCGGAGCGCUGGACUCUCUCUGGAGGUGUGGAGGAACGGCUUUAUCCCAUCUUCAGAAGGAGCUGUGUCUCUCCCCUCAUUCACACAUCAAAGCAGAGCAAAGAGAGUGUGUGGUCUCUCCUCCUGCCCUCCUCCCUCUCCCCUGGAGGACCAGCAGUGCACCCUGGGAGUCUGGGCUGCGUCAUCUCAACCUUUGGCCUCCAGGAUUUCCAUCUCCCCGACGACCAGUUCGGACAGCUAAAGCUCCAGAAGCUUCGCGCCUCAUCUGCCGUUGCCGAACCGGAACCCUUCUCACCUUACAACAUGCGUCGUCGCCACAACAGAGGCUCGGUCCACGGUCUCCAUGGCAACACAGGCGGUCAGACGUCUAAAGCGCCUACGCCUGAGCCCCUCCCUCUCAGCCUAACCCCUCCUGUCACAGACUGCGUCACUCCGGUAGAACAGUCUAUAGACAGAUCUAUAGGCCAGCAUCUUAUAGACCACCCUAUAGGCCAGCAGUCUACAGACGCACUAGACCAUUCUACAGACCUCCAUUCGGAGUACCAUUCAGUUUGCCAGUCUACAGACCACCUUGUAGACCAGCCUACUGGCCAUCAGUCUACAGACCACCCUGUAGACCAGCAUAUAGGCCAUCAGUCUACAGACCAACCCGUAGACCAGCCUACUGGCCAUCAGUCUACAGACCAACCCGUAGACCAGCCUACUGGCCAUCAGUCUACAGACCACCCUGUAGACCAGCAUGUAGGCCAUCAGUCUACAGACCACCCUGUAGACCAGCCUACUGGCCAUCAGUCUACAGACCAAUCUGUAGACCUGCUUAUUGGCCAUCAGCUUACCGUUUUAGUAGGCCAGUCUAUAGACUUUCCUUCAGUAGACCAGCAGACAGGCCUACUCACUACUGAGUGCCCUUCCCUUCAAACUGAAACCGAGACCGAGUGCCCUCCCGAGUGUCCAUCCUUCCACACAAAGACUAAGUGCCUUUCUCCGUGCCCUACGGAGUUCUCUGUCGAGUGCCUUACAAAAUGUCCUUCCGUGUGCACUACUGAGUGCCCUUCCCUCCGGACGGAGACAGAUGCAGAGUGUGCUGUCCCCCCCAGCCCUUCCCUGCUCCUCCUUAGCCCCUCCCUAACCAGCCACACCCCUCACGGACACACCCUCUCCCUUUCCCUCUCCUCCAUUCCCCCCUUACCUUCCUUAGGGAUGACCCCUAGCCCCUUGACCCCUAACCCCGACAUACCCCUCUCCCUCCCUGACAGCCCCCAUUACCUUCUUUAGAGGCGGUGACUCUCCCCCUCUCCUGCCCUCCCUGCCCCCAACUCUGACCCUCCCUCUCUCCUGCCCUCCCUGCCGCCCCACUCUGACCCUCCCCCUCUCCUGCUCUCCCUGUGCCCCUACUCUGACCCUCCCCUUCCCCUCUAGUCCCUCCACCCAAGCCCUCUCUCCUCCCUCCCUCUCUCCCUGCCCCUCUCCAAUCAUCCCUCUCUCCUCCCCUCCUCCCUCCCUCGCUCUCUGCCACCCCAACCUUGUUGAUUCC